AUGGCUCCCAAGAACAACGACUCCACCUCCGCCUCCGCCCCCACCACUGCGGGGGCCUCAUCGCCUGUCCCCAUCAAGAACGCUCUUAACCUCGAGGUCAAGCACGCUCCUUUCACCCACCCGGAGCUGCGUGGUGAGUUCCCCACCAAGACCUACGACCCGAUCCCCGUGCUCCCGUACGAGGACCGCGCGCUCAAGGCUGACCCGACGUUCAAGAACCUGCUGGCCGACGCAACGGUGACGCACCUGGAGCCGAAGAUCGGCACGGAGGUCUCGGGCCUGCAGCUACACGAGCUGACGGACGCUCAGAAGGACGAGCUAGCGCUGCUGGUGGCGCAGCGCGGCGUGGUGUUCUUCCGCGACCAGAAGAUCUCCAUUGAGGAGCAACACUUCAACCAGUGGGUUUGGCACAGUGAUGUGUCGUACGAGCGCCAGGCGUAUGAACGUCUGACGCCGCAAUUCAAGAAGUUUGUUGAAGGACUCACAGCAACCCAUAGCAGCAAGCUUCAAGCCGAGGCUACAAUCGCGCAGGGUCGAACCCUCCACCGCCCUAUCGUGGAAUUCGAACACCCGGUUGUCCGCACCCACCCUGUGACAAAGCGGAAAGCGCUCUACGUGAACAGCGAAUUUACGACUCGCAUUAACAACCUGUCGACCACCGAGUCAGUCCUGCGCUUCCUCACCAACCACAUCGCUCAAGGACACGAGUUCCAGAUCCGCUACCACUGGACCAAGGACGCUGUGGCGAUUUGGGACAACCGCGUCACUGCUCACUACGCUACCUUCGACUAUUUGCCGGGCAAACGCCACGCCGUUCGCGUCACCCCCCACGGUGAGGUCCCCUACUUGGAGCAUCCUGAGAAGCUGUGA